AUACCAAACACUUACCUGACGCAACGCACACAUUUACAACAGAUCUUUCAGGCGCUAUUGACAUCCACAUCCGGUCGCCAAACCUGCACCGGAAGUGGGGUUGGCAGUAUAAAUACAGUGGCCAGCUACCUCGGUCAGUACACUUCGUCAGAAGAAACUGAACCAAUAUGAACUCCUUGGUCACCUUGUCGUGUCUGUUGGCCGCGGUGGGUCUGUCCCACGGGAGCGCGCUGGGCUACGGGCUGGGAGACUACGGUCUGGGAGGCUACGGGCUGGGGUACGGGCUCGGCAAGUACGGGUAUGGAGGCUAUGGGCUCGGCUACAGCUCAGUGGUGGUCCCGGCAGCAAUCUCCUCCGCCAACCAGUGGAAGGCCGCCCCCAUCCCCGUGAUCAAGACCAUUGCCGCCCCCAUCAUCAGCGCCCCCAUCAUUAAGACUGUCGCGCCCCUCGACUAUGGAUACGGCUAUGGCCUCGGCGGAUACUACGGAGGCCUAGGCUACAAGAGCUUGGGAUACGGAUACGGCAAUGGCUACGGAUAUGGCAAAGGCUACGGAUACGGCUACGGACACUAAACAAGGAGACAAGGAUACAGCUAUAGCUAUAUUUUCUCUCUUCUAACUCGAUUCUAGAAGUACAGAGCGGUGCUUGGAUAUUGAUGAGCUAAAUUCUUCUUCUGCGAUUUGGAUGCACUAUUAAAAUCAUUUCUAUGCUUUUCUUA